AUGACUAAUGCUUUCGGAUGUGGGCAUUGGGCAUAUCAAUAUUUAAUCAUUACGUACUCUUUUGAUUUUCAAAAUUGUGCGCCAAUAAAUAAUACAUUUCCUAGGAAUUCAAGUAAUAACAGUGAUUGCGAAAUUUUAUCCAGAAACGAUUACCCUUUUGAUGAGAUUUGCAAAACAUGGCAAGCAAAAAACGGAGAAACGGUAGAAGGAAAUCUACAAAGCCAGAAUGAACAAUUGACUUUGAAUGCAGAUAGUGAAGAGAAAUUAGCUGAUGGAUGGCAAGAUUACGAUGCAAGAACAAUCCAGUUUCAUUGCGAUACAAAGUCGAGGAACACAUUUCUUUCUCAGAGAGGACUGUACUAUGUUAUUUACAAUUUCGUGAAAGCUGAAGAGGAAUUUGGGUGUAUAGACAGUAUCACUUUAUCGGCACCAGGAGAUUACAGAUUCUUAGACAAUGUGAUUCCAUUGGUAGAUCGUUGGGAUGGACCAAUCAGUAUAGCAUUAUAUGCCCCGGGAUACGAUUUUUACACUACCUUGGACGCAAUUGCUUAUUUAAGAAACUGUGGACCAGAACGUAUAAAAAAAGUAGUAACUUUCCAUAUACUGUUUGAACAGGCACACACUCCUAAGCCACGGAAGAAUGGAACGAUUUUGCUUGAUUCCUACGACGACUCAUACAACUGCUCACUUCUUCCACCUUGGCAAACAGUCACAGAUGAAGAAAUGUACAAAAGCCAAAAUGAAUUGCUAUAUCCGAUCAAUGUAGCUCGGAAUGUAGCUAAGUUAGCUGCUCAAACUUAUUUCAUAUUUCCCAGCGAUAUUGAACUGUAUCCAACCAGAAAUUUUGUCAAGUUAUUUUUGCAAUUAGUUAACGAAAACCAGGAAUUAUUCGAGGAAGAUAGUCGAAAUGUGUUUGUAUUGCCUAUUUUUGAAGUAUUAGAAAAUCAAACUGUGCCUGAGACCAAAAGUGAGCUGUUGGGCAUGCUGAAAAAGAAAACCGCCAUUAUCUUCCAUGAAAGUGUGUGCGUGGAGUGCCAUAGAGUUGUAAGCAGUGAGGAAUGGGUCAACACUCCAGAAACAGAAGGGCUUAGUGUAUUUUCAGUUGGAAAACGCUCUGGAAGAUAUGUGGUUUGGGAACCCUUCUAUGUAUGCACUCAAAAAGAUCCCUUAUGGGAUGAACGAAUGACCUGGGAAGGUCAAAGUAACAAAAUGGUUCAAGCGUACACGAUGUGUGUUAUGGACUACGACUUUCACGUAUUGGACAAUGCUUUUCUCAUUCACAAACCAGGAGUGAAGAAGAAGAAAGUCCAAAUGGUGAAAUAUAAUGACAUUGUAAAAAAUUCAUCCAAAUUGAUUAAGAAUAUUGCCAUCGAAUUGCAAGAUUUAUAUGGCUACAAUUCGAAUUGUAACACUUCGCAUCCACCGAAGCCCAAACGCAAAAAGAAACCUGCAACUGUGAAACUAGUCAAAACUAAGCCAAAAACUAAAUUAUAGAUUAUUUUGAUAUUACUUAGCUUAAACUUUGUUGAUUUUAAAAGAAAAUGAGAUGAGUGGAAAGCAAUUCUCAAUUUCUACAAUUUUGAAAUAAAAUAUUUAUUAUGAUUUAUACAGCAGCUGUACAUUAUUACAAUAAAUUUAGGAUUUAGUGCUUGUACACGAUUGUAUAGAUCUUAAGGAAUUAUUGAUAGUAACUUAUUCAACAUUUCUAAUAAACAUAUUUUAAAUUUUAAA